GGUACUCAGGUUUAACACUGCCAGCUUGGGAGGCUGGCUCAAGAGACAGGAGGUACUCUAAUCCUGGCUUAACACACCAAAAUGGAGAUGAUGGGCUGCGAGGAACACGGCCUCUCUCUCCCUAAGGGAGGUAGGAGCACGUUAUUUAACCAGCAUUUGGGGAAAACGUGGGGUUUGGAUACAAACAACCUUUUUUUGCCCCCCUCACUGGUGGUUGCCCAAGUGAGGAUGCUCCCUGAAGCUGCCGAGUGCUUAUCUCCAGCUUGGCAGGUGGUUUUGGCGUACAGUGAGGUCUUGCAAAACUGGGUGCAGGAGAGGUCAGGGCGAUGCCUGUCCGGGGUGGGGGAGAAACCCACCCUGCUGGAAAGGUUUGACCGCCGUUGCCUCAGCCACCAGUUUGAGGUGGACAGGGCUACUGGGAGGGGCACCUUGCCUACAAGGACUUUCUUUUCUCUCCCAUCUCAAGGGUUUGAUGCACAAGAGCGAUUCCCCUGGGGUUACUAGCAACAGCAGAGUCUGAAUCCCCAUCUUCCACGUCCCCACCUUGUAUUGAGCCUGUCUCAUCCUUUUGUUUCUUCCAGCCUUGGGGCGUUUUUCUGGUUGUGUUCCCCCAGUGGAUGCUGCCAUGUCUGGGUAGGACCAGACCGCCUGGUAAAACACGUUUGUUCCGGCUGCGUGGCGGGCAGAAUGGCAUGUUUCUCUCCGGUUGGCUUGCGCAGACAAGUUUAUGUUGGCUUGGUGGAAAUGGCAGGAGAAUUGACGCCAUCUCAUCCCAACCCCUCACUGGGUCUGGGCUUGCAGCCGACCGUGACAUCUCCCAUCCCAAACUAGAGCCUGAAGGCUGCUCUGAAAUAUCCUCAUGAGUUAAAUAAAUCUUGCCCUACGUGACCCAAACGCCAUUUUCCUUUCCUUCUCCCUCCUUCCUUACUUUUGCCUCAUCCCGAUUUUCCAUGUCCCCAUCUCCAAGGGCCCAGAUUGACCUUGUCAACCCCAUCCUGUCAACCAGACAGCGCCAGACCUUGCUAGCUGGAGCAGUAACCUCCUUGGGUGGACCUUCCUCUUCUUGCAUGCGAUCUCUAGCCUGCACAUGUGGAUGGAUGGAUAGAUAGAUAGAUAGAUGGAUGGAGGAUGCUGCUCAGGAAGCCCUGAGCAUCCAACAGGGACCAUGAGCGUGGAGGGAGAUCUCAAAGUCCCCUUGGGGUUUGUUUGCUUCAAUCAAGGUGCUUGUAAAAGGGCUGUGACUGCAAAGGGAGCUUGUGGAGAAGGUCUCUGGGACCAGCGUGCAUCCGCUUUUGAUGCGUGUGCGCUGCUGGGGAGAAAAGCUAUGUCUUGGGAUGAAGUGUCAGGGCAAGGACCGUCGCUGGCAUUCACAAACGGUCCCCAGCCAGGGCAGCUUUGCAGAGGGGUGUUCAGUGCCACGAGACACGUGGGCUCAAGGUUUCCAACUCUGCUUUCUGGCGUCAGAGGGUAUGUCCUUCCCUGCUAGGACACGUGCUAGGUGUCAGGGCAUCCUGAGCAUCUUUCUCCCCAGUUUUCCCCCCAACCUUGAUAGCAGGGACGCGUGGUCGUUCUCUGAAAGGUGCAAGACAGGGCACGAACUCUUCUUGGAGCCAGGCAGCUGGGACUUCAAGCAGCAUUUUGGCUGUGCAAACCUGGCGUCAGUGGGGAAUUGUGGCUCCCCUCUUCCCUUUGCAAGCUGGGCUGGUGCAUUGCUGACCCCUCCCUGAGUUUGCCACUGCUCCUGGGUGUUAUGUCCCCCUUAAGCCCCCCUUUAGCAGCAGAAAGAGAAGCAAAUCUCUUCCCCAGGGCUCUCCAGACAAGCUCAGGGGUAAAACCCUCCAGCUUUGGGAGCCAGAGGAGGGACAGCCAGGUACCCCCACGCCGUGUUUGCCAACGAGUUGUGGCCGCUGCGCCACGAUUCAAACUGGUAGCGCAGCUCCGUGGCAUUCUGCCCUCCCCUCCACCAGCGCCGGAUUCUUCCCAGACACAUCCGCCAGCGGGCAGGUGAUGACGGCUGUACCGAUCCCAUCCCAACCGGGAACGGCUCCGCUUGUGCAACCGGCGGGUUAAGAGUUUGACACUGGCAGCGGGGAGAUCUGAUGUCUCCCCUCCUCGCGGGCCCUUGGCGAGCUUCACAGCCAUUCCUUUUGGCUCCUGGGAGGGCUUUUGUUUUAAUAAACCAUCCAUUGCGCUCAUCCCCCUCCUUCCUCAACCUGGAACUUAUCCCUUGGAGCGGCACCGGCUGUGUUUUGGGAGCUGGCUACCGACUGGGUCGCUUGACAGCAGCAGGCUGCUGGGGAACCAGCGGCCGGGCUACGGGACGCUGCAGCGAGACGCCGAUAAAUCCCGCAUGGAGGUCACGGGCUACCAGACCAAGACAUGGCGGGUGGCCCUGUGCCACGCUUGCUCCGUGCUGACGGCAGGGCUGCUUCUUGUCCUUUUCCACUGGAAGCCAAGCCUGGAGGUGCAGGCAAAGUGCAAGCCCUGCGCCCUCGGCCAGGCUGACUGGGUAAUCAUCAGAGACCGAUUUGGACAGUGCUUCACCACACGUGUGCGCACGGAGGCGCUGGGCGAGGGCAGCAGCCUGGAGCAUCACCCUGGGGCCAAGCUGGAGGACCGGAGGAGCAGCAUCGCCAUCGGCGUGUCGGAUGAGGAGGAGAGCCGGGACACCAUCCGGCUGCAUGAGAAGGAAGAGAAGAACAUCUUGCGGUACUAUCUCUUCGAGGGCAUGCGCUACAUCUGGAUCGAACGGCGGCAGGCAUACUGUAAAGUCAGCAUCUUGGAUGAAGGUUGGACCUGUGCAGAUCUCCACCUCUCCCAGGCUGGGCUUGACCAGCAAGACCACAACACCAGAAGGAAGAUCUAUGGACCGAACCUCAUCGAGGUGCCAGUCAAGUCCUAUGCGAGGCUGUUGGUGGAGGAGGUGCUCAAUCCCUUCUACAUCUUCCAAGUCUUCAGCAUCGUGCUGUGGGUCUGUGACGCCUAUUACUACUACGCUGCCUGCAUCUUCCUCAUCUCUACCAUCUCCUUAGGGCUGUCCCUCUAUGAGACGAGGAAGCAAAGUGCCACACUGCAAAACAUGGCCAAGAUGUCAGUCGGUGUCCGAGUCCAUCGCCCCAGCGGAGAGGAGAUGGUGGUGAGCUCCGCAGACUUGGUCCCAGGCGAUUGCAUCAGCCUCCCAACGGACGGGAUGCUGGUCCCUUGCGAUGCCGCACUGCUGACGGGCGAGUGCAUGGUCAACGAGAGCAUGCUGACGGGGGAGAGCGUGCCGGUGAUGAAAACCCCUCUCCCGGCUGGCAGCCAGGCAGCCAGCACCAUCUAUUCCCCCGAGGAGCACAGGCGGCACACCUUGUUCUGCGGGACGCAGGUCAUCCAAGCCAAGUCCUACGUGGGCAGAGAAGUGCUGGCUGUGGUGACCCGCACAGGGUUUUGCACAGCCAAAGGGGAUCUCAUCAGCUCCAUCCUCUACCCUAAACCCGUGAGCUUCAAGUUCUACAAGGAUGCUGUGAAGUUCGUCCUGUUCCUCGCAAUCCUGGCUUUUAUCGGCACACUGUACAGCAUCCUCAUCUUGGUUAAAAACCAGGUCCCCGUGGGGCAAAUCAUCAUCCGUGCCCUCGAUCUCAUCACUGUCAUCGUGCCCCCGGCUCUCCCGGCUGCGAUGACAGUGGGCACCAUCUACGCCCAGAACAGGCUGAAGAAACAGGGUAUCUUCUGCAUCAGCCCUCCUCGUAUCAACCUCUGCGGGAAGAUCCGCCUGGUUUGCUUUGACAAGACAGGAACCCUGACGGAGGAAGGUCUGGAUGUCUGGGGGGUGGUCCCGCUGGAGAACAACCACUUCAUGCCCAUCGUCCACGAGCCCCGCUGCCUGCCCGCCGGUCCCUUGCUCUACUCCCUGGCCACCUGCCACACCAUCUCACUGCUGCGGACACAGCCCAUCGGGGAUCCUGUGGACCUCAAGAUGGUGGAGUCCACCGGCUGGCGCCUGGAGAUGAUGGAGGAGGAGGAAGGUGAGCUGCCCGCCUUCCAGCAGUUUGGGACGAAGGUCUUGGCUGUGAUGAAACCUCCGCCUGAGGAAGAACAGCCGCGAGACAGGAAGCACCAGUCACCCGUGGGGAUCCUCCGGCGUUUCCCCUUCUCCUCCUCCUUGCAGAGGAUGAGCGUCCUGGUGAAGCUGCCUGGCGAAGCCUCAGCCCGUGUCUACAUCAAGGGUGCACCAGAGAUGGUGGCCAGCCUUUGCAGGAAGGAAACAGUGCCCGUGGAUUUCUCCCAGAUGCUGCGACACUACACCACGGAUGGUUUCCGGGUCUUGGGUCUGGCUUGCAAACCCCUGAGCACAGUGACCACCUUUGAGGAGGCCCUGCAGCUCCCGAGGGACUCCGUGGAGAGCAGCCUGACCUUUCUGGGGUUCCUCGUUAUGAAAAACGUCCUCAAGCCAGAGUCUGCACCCGUGAUUCACCUCCUGAGGAACGCCAACAUCCGCCCCGUCAUGGUGACAGGAGACAACAUGCUGACAGCCGUCAACGUGGCCAAGAGCUGCCGCAUGGUGGAGCCUGAAGAGCGGGUAAUCUUCGUCAACGCCUCCCCGCCCAGCCAUGACAAACCCGCUGCUCUGAAAUUCAUCCUCGCCGAGCACUCCCAGGGUGAAGAGCUGCCAGAGGGUCUGCACCAGCAAGACGGCUGCUUUGUCCAGCCACAGCCCUGCCACUUCGCACUGAAUGGCAAAUCCUUCGCCGUGGUUUGCGAGCACUUCGCCGACCUGCUGCCGAAGAUCCUCAUCCGAGCCACCGUGUUCGCCCGCAUGUCACCUGACCAGAAGACUCAGCUGGUGUGCAGCCUGCAAGAGCUCAACUACUGCGUGGGGAUGUGUGGGGACGGUGCCAAUGACUGCGGGGCUCUGAAGGCGGCCGACGUGGGCAUCUCGCUGGCAGAGGCAGAGGCAUCAGUAGCCUCACCGUUUACCUCCCGCGUGGCCAACAUCGAGUGCGUGCCCACCGUCAUCCGGGAGGGCAGGUGCUCACUGGUCACCUCCUUCGGCGUCUUUAAGUACAUGGCCCUGUACAGCCUGGUGCAGUUUGUGUCCGUCCUGCUGCUCUACACAAUCAACACCAACCUGAGCGAUUUCCAGUUCCUCUUCUUCGACCUGAUCAUCACCACCACUGUGGCGGUGCUGAUGGGUCGGACCGGUCCUGCCCAGGAGCUGGGAGUGGAACGUCCCCAAGGGGCAUUGAUCAGCAUCCUCGUGCUGGGCAGCCUGCUCCUCCAAACGGCUUUGCUGAUCACCGUGCAAGUCCUCAGCUACUUCACCACCAUCUCGCAGAGCUGGUACGUGCCGCUGAACAGCACAGUGACGGCUCCCCAAAACUUGCCCAACUACGAGAACACAGUCCUCUUCUGUGUCACGGGCUUUCAGUACCUCAUCCUGGCCGUCGCCAUGUCCAAGGGGUACCCAUUUCGGGAGCCACUCUACACCAAUGUGCUAUUCUUGGUAGUCCUCAUCCUCCUUUUUGGCCUCAUGAUAUGGUUGACCCUCUACCCACUGGGCUUCCCCAAAACCCUGCUGAAGCUGCAGGGCAUCGAUGACUUGAAUUUCAAGCUGCUGCUGCUGGGGAUCGCUGCCCUCAACUUCUUCGCCGCCUUUGUGCUGGAGACCGCCCUGGACCACGGCUUGCUCAGCUGUCUCCGCAAGCUGCGCCGAAAGAAAGCGUCCAAGAAGCUUUUCAAGAGGCUGGAAAAGGAGCUGAGCCAACAGCAGCCAUCCUGGCCACCCCUUAAUGAACCGCUCUUCGCUACACCCAAGAUGUCCAUCGCUGUGAGAUAGCACGUGCCGGGCUUCCUUCCUGCCUGCUCUGCAGGCCAGCGCUGCCUGCCAGCCCUUGGACGCUGUCGUUUAUUUAUUUAUCCUGGUAAAUCGAGGGAUGCGGUAGGCAGCGCGGCUCAUCCUCCCCAUGGGGAGACCCCCCAGCAUCACAGCUGUGAAUCUGCACAUGCCGGUCCCACAGUCCUGGCCAAGAGGAGGAGAUGCUAGAGAAGUAAACUGGAGGAGAGGGUCCAGAAGAAGAGGAGAAAUGGUCCAGCUCAGCUCUUCUUCCAGGACCUCUCCACUCCCGUGCUGGCCUUGGACCCAUCUCCCCAUGCUGAGCACCAGUACUGUUUCGUAGGGGGACACCGCCUCCCUUUUCCUUUCCUGGCUGGUCAAAACCACCAAGAAGAGGGUCCCCGAUCUUCUCAUGGCAAGGGCACCCACCCCAGCCUCGUGUCCCUGCUCACUGUGAAAAAAAAACCCUCCACCGUCCCCUACGGCCACCCUAGAUGUGUAGGAACUGUUUACAAACCACCCCAUCCCUGGCUUGCCAAGGAUGCUGCUCAAUCCCCAGCGCCCGGGGACCAGCCACGGGCACCCUCUCCGCUUGCGAUGCUCCUGCAGAGCACUUCUGCUUUCGGACGGGUCCUUUGUAGCAUUAAAAAAACCCCUGAAUCUCUUUAUUUUUUAACUCUACUCCAGUGCAUCGAGGUGUAAGUGCAGUCGGGAGAAUGACGUACGGCUUUCGGUUUCCAUAUGGUGCUGUCGUGAGCAUUGUCUAAUAAAUUAACACUAUUUUCUUGA